AUGAGUAAUAAUCGUCGAAUGUCCGCUGAGGACACGCUUUUCGAUAUUGAUUUUUUGGACGACGAAAUCCCGUCUGGCGAAAUCGAAAACACCGACAACAACCCAUUCACACAGGCCCAGGUUGUAGAUUCAGAUUUCGACCUUCUAAACGACUUACGCAAUGGAGUUAUACCACAGGAAACAAUUGACUUAGACAGGCGUUCGACGAGGUUAGGCCACGAGGACAACAUUGAAAAUGAUGUAGUGGAGAACCCAUUUCUAGACGAUCAGCGAACCCAACCUCACAGCAAUGGCCGUGGGAUGCAAAUGCAUUUAUCUGAACCAUCCGGGGUGAAAAAAAUCCUUCAAAACAUCAGGAAUGGGCUAACGUUUAAUAAGAACAGAUCAAAUUCCUACCAGGGAUUCGAAAUGCAUAGUUACGACGACUUGGGCCACGAAGACAGGUACGUGAGGUCAAGAAAUAAGUUUGAUAUCAACAUACUUUUCAAGCGGUACAUCUUACGUCGGCCUGGUGAUCAGGACAGUGAGAAUGGGGCCCCACGACUUAUCUACAUUAACGACCGAGAAGCUAACAAGGCUCAAGGAUUCGGAGAUAAUCACAUAUCCACCACGAAAUACAACAUGGCCACGUUUCUUCCCAAAUUUCUGUUCCAAGAAUUUUCCAAAUACGCGAACCUGUUCUUCCUGUUCACAUCUGCUAUACAACAGGUGCCCAAUGUGACACCUACCAAUCGUUACACAACCAUCGGUACCUUAUUAAUAGUGUUGAUUGUGUCUGCGGUUAAGGAAAGUGUCGAGGACUUGAAGCGUGCUGGGUCAGACCGAGAUUUGAAUGACUCUAAAGCCCAAGUCUUUUCGGAGCAGCUUAGAGAGUUUGUUCCCACUAAGUGGGUUAAUAUAUCUGUGGGUGAUAUAAUUAAAAUUAGUUCAGAAGAGGCGAUACCUGCCGAUGUCAUAGUUGUAUCUUCAUCCGAACCUGAGGGACUGUGUUACAUCGAGACUGCUAACUUAGAUGGCGAAACCAACCUCAAGAUAAAACAGGCGAAGGUCGAAACCUCUAAAAUUCUCGAUACUGCCGAACUUGCGCAAAUGAAAGGGAAGGUUGUUUCGGAGCAUCCAAACUCUAGUCUGUAUACCUAUGAAGGAACUUUGAAUCUAAAUGGUAGAGACGUACCACUAACGCCCGAACAAUUGGUCUUGAGAGGAGCAACUCUUAGAAAUACCGCAUGGAUAUAUGGCUUCGUGGUAUUCACUGGGCACGAAACAAAGCUGAUGCGCAAUGCUACUGCCACGCCAAUUAAAAGAACAGCCGUCGAGCGCGUUAUAAACAUGCAAAUUCUUGCAUUAUUUGGAGUUCUAAUCGUUUUGGCCUUGAUCUCAUCUAUAGGAAAUGUUAUUAAGGUAACCAGCGAUGCCAAAAACUUAUCCUAUCUGUAUCUGGAGGGUACGAAUAAAGUGGGUUUAUUUUUCAAAGAUAUCUUGACGUAUUGGAUUCUUUUUUCAAACUUGGUGCCUAUUUCAUUGUUCGUUACUGUAGAAAUGAUCAAGUAUUACCAGGCUUAUAUGAUCGGUUCAGAUUUGGACUUGUACGAUGAAUCAACUGACACUCCAACGGUUGUUCGCACUUCUUCUUUAGUUGAAGAACUAGGCCAAAUCGAGUACAUUUUUAGCGAUAAAACGGGUACGUUGACAAGAAAUGUAAUGGAAUUCAAAUCCUGCUCGAUUGCAGGCAAAUGUUACAUCGAAAAAAUACCCGAAGAGAAUAACGCAAGGAUGGAAGACGGGAUAGAAGUUGGCUUCAGGAAGUUUGAUGACUUACAGUCAAAACUUGAGGAUAUUCAUGACUCUGAUCAGACAAUUAUUAAUGACUUUUUGACUUUACUGGCAACAUGCCACACUGUCAUUCCUGAAUUUCAAGAGAAUGGCUCUAUCAAGUAUCAAGCUGCCUCUCCCGAUGAAGGAGCGCUAGUCGAGGGUGCCGCGGCCCUUGGUUAUAAGUUCAUCGUCCGUAGGCCCAACUCUGUGACUAUCCUAAUAGAGAGCACAGGCGAGGAACAUGUUUACCAGUUAUUAGACAUUUGCGAGUUCAAUUCUACGAGAAAAAGGAUGAGUGGUAUCUUCAGAAUGCCAAAUGGCGAAAUAAAACUGUUCUGCAAAGGUGCAGAUACUGUUAUAAUGGAGAGAUUGAGUAAUGAAAACAAUCCGUAUACUGAAGCUACAAUGCGCCAUUUAGAAGAUUACGCGGCAGAAGGGUUGAGAACCCUAUGUCUUGCAGCAAGAACUAUACCUGAGCCCGAAUACAUCGAGUGGAAAAAAGUUUAUGAUGCAGCUUCAACGACACUAGAUGACAGAGCUCAAAAGAUGGAUGAUGCUGCGGAGCUGAUUGAAAAAAACUUAUUCUUGAUUGGAGCGACUGCUAUAGAGGACAAACUCCAGGAUGGAGUACCUGAGGCAAUUCACACUUUACAAGAUGCCGGAAUAAAGAUUUGGGUUUUGACUGGUGACCGACAGGAGACGGCGAUUAACAUCGGUAUGAGUUGUCGCUUGUUGAGUGAGGACAUGAAUCUUUUAAUUGUAAAUGAAGAGUCAAAGGAAGCAACGAGAAGAAACUUGACUGAAAAGCUGAAGGCCAUUGGCGAUCAUCAAAUUUCACAGCAAGACAUGAACAGUUUAGCACUAGUCAUUGAUGGAAAGUCGUUGACUUUCGCGCUAGAAAGCGAUCUUGAAGACUACCUGCUAGAAAUCGGGAAGAUGUGUAAGGCCGUAAUUUGCUGCCGUGUGUCGCCACUGCAGAAAGCCCUUGUGGUAAAGAUGGUGAAACGCAAAACGAAAUCAUUACUUUUGGCCAUUGGCGAUGGUGCGAAUGAUGUCAGUAUGAUCCAAGCGGCUCAUGUUGGGGUUGGUAUCAGCGGAAUGGAAGGUAUGCAGGCUGCUCGUUCUGCCGAUUUUGCAAUUGCGCAAUUCAAAUACUUAAAGAAACUUCUAUUGGUUCAUGGUUCAUGGUCAUAUCAGCGGAUAUCGCAGGCUAUUUUGUACUCAUUUUACAAAAAUAUCGCACUGUACAUGACUCAGUUCUGGUAUGUUUUCACUAACGCUUAUUCCGGACAGUCACUCAUGGAGUCCUGGACGAUGACAUUUUACAACGUUUUCUUCACCGUUUUGCCACCUUUUGUCAUGGGUGUGUUCGAUCAGUUUGUGAGCAGUCGUCUUCUAGAUCGUUACCCACAGCUUUACAAAUUGGGCCAAAAAGGACAAUUCUUUUCAGUAACGAUUUUCUGGGGAUGGGUAAUCAAUGGCUUUUAUCACUCUGCGAUCACUUUUGUUGGAUCCUAUUUAAUCUACCGUGGCGGAAAUGUGUUGAAUGACCAUGGCCAAACAGCAGAUCAUUGGACAUGGGGUGUGGCAAUUUACACUUGUAGCGUUAUUAUUGUAAUUGGAAAAGCAGCUUUAGUCACCAAUCAAUGGACAAAGUUUACAGCUUUUGCAAUCCCAGGAUCUCUACUCUUUUGGCUUGUAUUUUUCCCGAUAUAUGCGAGCAUUUUUCCCCACGCCAACGUGUCCAAAGAGUAUUACGGCAUCGUGCCACAUGUCUACGGGUCAGGAACGUUUUGGCUUAUGUGCAUAGUUCUGCCUUUUUUCGCUCUUCUCAGAGAUUUUGUCUGGAAAUACUAUAAGCGGACUUACACACCAGAGAGCUACCACGUCGUUCAAGAAAUGCAAAAAUACAACAUUGGUGAUUAUAGACCUCGCGUUGAACAAUUUCAAAAGGCUAUUCGUAGAGUACGGCAAGUUCAAAGAAUGAAGAAGCAAAGAGGAUUCGCUUUUUCUCAAAGUGAGGCGGGUGGCCAAGAUAAAGUCAUAAGAAUGUAUGACACCACUUUGAAGAGAGGGGCGCAUGGAGAAUUACAAGAUGCUUCUGCAAAUCCGUUCCGAGAUUGA